AUGCCGUUUAUUGGAAAAGAUUGGCGAGCACCUGGUGAAACUUGGGUAUGGUGCUCCAAUACCGAUGGAUGGGAACAGGUGAAACUACGACCAAUUCAGCAGGUGGAAGAAGCAGUCGAUGUAGCUCGGUCACCAGUUUGCAGUUCAUUGGUGAAAAUCAAGCGUAAUAUAUCUUCGAUGUCGCUUUCAAGUAAUGAUGAAAAUUGUCCACGAUCAGAUACUGAUGACUCUGUUUCAGAAAGUGAUGAGUGGAUCCCACAUUGUUUCGUCAAAACUGGGAAAUCCAAAGAAUUUGUUGGAUGUACAAGUAUGAGUGAGGCAUUCCAUCGAUUGGAUUUGGCGCGAGCCGUGAGCGAUGUUCGCAGAUUCAAUUAUAUCUGUAAAGUUGUGCAAAUCCUCGUUCAGGAGAAGUUACAGAAUCUUAGCGCUACUGCUCGAAAAGCCCUUCUUUCUAUUAUUAAGGCGAUUGUACUUAUAUGCGUUGAAAGAGACCUCCACAUAUCCAUAGCACGAUCUCUUGUCUGUGAUUUCGGUACGGGUCUUGAAGGUCACUUGUACGGUUCGCCUCAAUUAGUUUCGAAGCAGCUAAACAUGAUUGGCGAUUUGUUGGAACUUAUUUCCGAGCGACGACCUCGUACAUUAGCGGAUAGUGACGAAGAAUCAAUAACAUUUAUGGAUUUACCAAGAGAAAUUUUGUCAAUUAUCUUGAGAAAGCUUCCUGACCAUGUUUCGCUCCUUGAAGUUGCUAAAGCACAUGAAGUUCUGGAUGCCAUUGUCGAGAAAGAAGAACAGUUGUGGGCAUCUUUGUGCAAUUUCCACUUUACACAGGAGCAGACUAAAAAAAUUAAGAGAAACUCGAUCUCCUGGCGUCAUGCCUUCUUCGAACUUAAAAAAUAUUGUGGACUGCGGGAAUUUUAUGCUGAUUUGAUUCAUCUUUGUUGUCACUGUAAAGCAAUAUUUUGGAAGGACCAUGGACAUCCAUGCAUAUCGAAAGAUACACCUUCGGUGCGCGUUACUCCCCAACAAUUUGUUGAUAUGCAAGGCAUAACACAAUUCGUUAUCCAUCAUAAAUUAGUUAGUUAUUUGAUAGGCUUUACACCUUUCGUGACCGCCUUACUGCACUUAUUAAUGUUCGUAGUUCACGUCUACUCGAUAGUUGCUUUUGCUGAACAACGACAAGCCUAUUCGAGGUGGAGACCGCAGUAUCUUAAGCUGUUGAUAUCAAUUCUAAUCACCUCACUUGUUAUUUCCUUAUUGAUCAGUGUUGUCACUGUCAUUCAUUAUCGAAUGUUCGAUACUUUUUUAAGAGCGGGAAUAGUUGAGCGCAUGAUUGGCUUUGGUACAAAACAAACAGAUCGUAGUGAAAUGAAUUGGUUGCAAGAGUUUUUCGAAUGUUGUGGUGUUUUUGGCUACGAAGAUUGGUUCCCUUUAACUGCCAGCAACAGCUUAUUAGAAUCGUAA